AUGGCCCACAAUGGUGUUGUCUGGGUAGAUGGGGCCGGCCUGCAGCCUCUGCACAAGGUGUGGAAGGCUGGCUGCCUGAGUCGUCUGCAAAAGCAACCAGACAUGUCCUUGGAUGACAUUAAGAUGAAAUCCAAUGACUUACUGGAGAAGGAAGAUCUGGACAGUGGAGGCUUUGGGAAGGUCUCCUUGUGCUUCCACAGAAAUCAUGGCUUCGUGAUACUGAAAAAGGUGUACACAGGGCCCAACCGCACUGAGUACAACGAGGCCCUCCUGGAGGAGGGGAGGAUGAUGCACAGGCUGCGGCACAGCCGGGUGGUGAAGCUGCUGGGUAUCAUCAUGGAAGAAGGGAACUACUCCCUGGUGAUGGAGUACAUGGAGAAGGGCAACCUGAUGCGUGUGCUGAAGGCUGAGGUCAGUAUCCCACUUUCUGUAAAAGGAAGGAUAAUUGCGGAGACCGUUGAAGGAAUGUGCUACUUACAUGGAGAAGGUGUGAUACACAAGGACCUGAAGCCUGAGAAUAUCCUCGUUGAUAAUGACUUUCACAUUAAGAUAGCUGAUCUUGGCGUAGCGUCCUUUAAGACGUGGAGCAAGCUGACCAAGGAGGAACACAAUGAGCAGAGGAAAGUAAACAGCACCUCUAAGAAAAAUGGUGGCACCCUGUACUACAUGGCACCCGAGCACCUGAGUGACAUCAACGCAAAGCCCACAGAGAAGUCGGAUGUGUACAGCUUUGCUAUAGUACUUUGGGCAAUAUUUGCAAAUAAGGAGCCAUAUGAAAAUGCUAUCUGUGAGCAGCAGUUGAUAAUAUGCAUAAAGUCUGGGAACAGGCCCGAUGUGGAUGACAUCAUUGAGCACUGCCCAAAGGAGAUUAUCCACCUCAUGAAGCUCUGCUGGGAGGCGAAUCCGGAAGUUCGGCCAACAUUUCCUCGCAUUGAAAAAGAAUUUAUGCCUUUUUAUUUAAGUCAAUUAAAUGAAAAUGUAGAGGAAGAUGUGAAGAGUUUAAAGAAAGAGUAUCCGGACCAAGAUGCAGUUGUGAAGAGAAUGCAGUCUCUCCAAAUGGAUUGCGUGGCAUUACCUCCAAGCAGGUCAAAUUCAGCCACAGAACAGCCAGGCUCGCUGCACAGUUCCCAGGGACUUGGGAUGGGUCCCGUGGAGGAGUCCUGGUUUUCUCCCUCCCUAGAGCACCAGCAAGAAGAGAGUGAGCCCAUCCUGCAGAAUAAACUCCAGGAAGAAGCCAACUACCAUCUUUUUGGCAGCCGCAUGGACAGGCAGAUGAAACAGCAGCCCAGUCAAAAUGUGGCUUACAACAGAGAGGAGGAAAGGAGGCGAAGGGUCUCCCAUGACCCUUUUGCCCAGCAGAGACCUUGUGAGAAUGUUCAGAACACAGGGGUAAAAGGCCUUGCCUAUCCCAGCGCAGCCAGUCAUGGUGGUGCACUACAGCAGCCAGCGGGGCUGACCAGCCAGCUUCACAUGCCAUACUGGAACAAUGGGUUAUAUGGUCCAUAUGGUUUUGGAACAAGACCAGUGGAUCCAGGAACAGCAGGUUCAAGAGGUUGGUAUGGGUCAAGUCCAAGCCAUGUGCCUAGUCCGUAUAAAACUCCAGUGCCCGAGACCAUCCUAGUGGGGAACACGCCCACCUUCCAAUUCAGCUCCAUGUCACCAACAGAAGAGUCUAUAAAUUGUACCAUAUACAACAGCACUGGUGUUCAGGUUGGAACCUAUAAUUAUAUGGAGAUUGGAGGAAUGAGUUCACCACUACAAGACAAUGCAUGCAUGCACUUGAAGGAAGAGCCAGCCAAGUACCAAGAUAUCUUUGAUAAUACCACUGGUUUGACUGAUAAACACCUGGACCCCGUUAGGGACAAUCUGGGAAGGCAGUGGAAAAGCUGUGCUCGUAAGCUGGGAUUCACUCAAUCUCAGAUUGAUGAAAUUGACCAUGACUAUGAGCGAGACGGACUAAAUGAAAAGGUUUACCAGAUGCUGCAAAAGUGGCUGAUGAGGGAGGGCAACAAGGGGGCCACGGUGGGAAAGCUGGCCCAUGCGCUGUUCCAGUGCUCCAGAAUAGACCUCCUGCACCGCUUGAUGCUCAUCACCCAGAACUAAGCCUGGAGGGCUUCGGCAAGAAACUCUGCACUUAGUGGACAACCCACUGGACAACUUAGUGGACAACCCACUGGAAAGGGUGCUGUCUCAGAGCGUUCAGAAUUCUGUCCUCACUGAUAUGGAUUGAGUGUCUGCAUAAAUAUCAUUUUCUGCAUCUCUUAGCUGGAGAAUGGGAAAAGAGAUCUGCAGCAAACACCCCACUUUCUAGAAAGUAUAAGCAGAAAAGACCUCUUAAUGGUCCUGCAACAAUUAAAAAAAAAAAAAAAAAACCUAAUUGGUUUUGAAAGGGAGAGAAGAGAUAUUUGAUGAUCAUUUUCUUGUAGAUCAUGCCAUAACCUUCAGUAAUGCUAUUCAUUCUGUUUCCUGGUUUCGUCUGAGUGAGAAAAACGAAUUCAGAGAACAUAAAAUAAAUCAACUUUCUUAAUUUGUGAUCUCUUCUCCACUUAGGCCCCUGUUAUAACCCAAGUACAGUAAAAUUCUUAAGUUCUGUUCAAAUAGGUUUUUUGUAUCACAACCAUAGUUCAUCCCCAAACUGCAGUAUCUGUUAACUUCAGUAUCAAAUGCUGUAUCAGUCAUUACAGGCUUUAAGAAUUAUAUAUAGUCUCCACUGCAUUAUAUUAAAUUAUAAGUUAAUUUAUAAAUUAAUUGAAUUUAUAUUACCUGAAGGUAUUUUAAGGUAUACCAAGGAGGGGAAAAAUAGCAGUGUGGGGAAGACCCAUCAAAAUUUCCCAGACAAUUGUUGCAAAGAAUCGCUACUAAUUGUAACUACUACAAAAAUUCUUGAUUCAUUUUUUAAGUUUUUUCCUAGCAUUCUGGUACUUCCACCCAGCCUGGGUGCCUCGAAGAGGGAACAUAUGUGCAUGGGAUAUUGAUCUCUUCACCCUUGGUAUGACUGGAGCCUCAGGGCUGAUCAGUCUUGAGCUGCUUCCUCAGUUUACCCCACUGUGCUGUAGAAAUAUUUUCAUUUUUUUUCUGUGUGCCAUGAAGUAAAAAAGGACAGCUUCAGAGCCUGACAAUUGUACCUCUAGCACUCAACCCUCCAAAGCCCACCUGAAGCCUAGGUGUGAAUAGAGGAACUCGAAGAGCGGAAGACUGAAGCCAACCAGGCCAUCCAGCAUCUCUGCUGGUAUUUUGCUAAACAGAGAGGGUAUGCCAUUGCGUCUUGCUCUCCAAGAGGGAGAGAAAGGAGGAUGACUGAUGUCAGUCUGGCUGUCAGGACAGAUUCUGCUGUCUUGGAUUGAUAACAGUCUUGGUUCUGAUUCUGCAUCCCCUCCCACUCCAGCAGACAUACUACACACAUACCUCUGAAGUGGGGCUGCAAAGCAGGGUUUCUCACCCUCAGCACUAUUGGCAUUCGGGGCUGGAUAAUUCUUUGUUGUGGCAGCUCUCCUGUGUUUGUGGGAUUCUUGGAAGCCUCUAUUCACUAGAUGCCAGUAGCAAUGUUCCUGCCCUCUUCCUGCCUCCAGUUGUGACAAAAAUGUCUCUAGACAUUGACAAACGUUACUUGGAAAGGCAAGAUUACCUGCAUUGAGGAGAGCGCUGCUGUAAUAACUCCAUUCUAUCCACACAUGUCCAGGCUCACUACUUAACUGCCACCUAGCCUUGGGUCAUGCAGACCAAAAGGAAAACUGGAAGAGGGAAAAGGCCCAGGCCUUGCUAGAGGGGCCUGGAUGAUUUCAUUUCUAAAUGUAUUCUUUGUACCACCAUCCUAAUGGUAUGCUAAAUUCUCUUAAAUUCCAAAGAUGUUGAAUGAUCAAUGUGAAGAGCCAAAAAUGGAAGGUAUUUUUA